CGUUCUCACCUCCAUUACACUUCAGUCUGAUGUUCAGACAUUCAGCAGCAAGACAACAUGGAGGUCACAGCUCUCUGCAUCAGACUGUUGAUGAAUGUGUUAUUCCUGUUGUGUGCACGUGCACAGAAACUUGAUUCAGUGUCUCUUCGUGUAGUCCCAGACAGACUGCAGUUCUUUGAAUAUGACCAAGUAACGCUCAUUUGUGAGGGGUUCAGUGUCUCAACUGAAUGGAAAACUGUACAUAACUUCACAGUUGAAGUACCCUCAUGUAGAGCUACAAGUGCGGUGACAAGUAAGUCUUCCUGCACCAUUAGUAAUGUUUAUCCAGACGAAAGUGGAGAGUACUGGUGUGAGACAGGAGAGGGGAAGAGAAGCAACAGCAUCAACAUCACUGUCACUGCUGGUUCUGUGAUCCUGGAGAGUCCUGUCCUUCCUGUGAUGGAUGAGGAAGCUGUGACUCUGCGCUGCAGAAACAAGAUGGCCUCCAACCUCUCUGCUGAUUUCUUUAAAGAUGGCUACCUCAUCAGGAGCAGCUCUACAGGAGAGAUGACCAUCCACAAUGUUUCCAAGUCUGAUGAAGGAUUUUACAAGUGUAACAUCUCUGGAGAUGGAGAAUCACCAGAGAGCUGGUUGGCUGUCAGAGGUCCUAAUAAGACCACCGCCUCCUAUCCUACCCCAUGGAUCAUUGUCACUGUUUUAAUGCUGGUUCUGCUGUUGGUGGUGGGACUACUUCACCUUAACAAAGGUUACUGGCACAGAGUAGUGCUCUACCUGUCCACACUAACACCUGGAUCAGGCUCCGCUGAGGAUCAAACAGCCUCUGCAGUGUACAGGGCAGCUGAUGCAGACAAAGCGAUGUAUGCUGUUGUGACAAAAAGCAGGAAGAAGAAAGCUGAAGGACACAAUCUCUCUCCGUCAGAUGAGGAUGAGCUGUCAUCUAGACCGCUUUACUACACCGUGGGCCCGGUUGACAGUCUGACACAACUGGCUGAGUCAAGAGUAUCGAGCAUCGCAGCGAUGUCAGUUCCCUCAGCAGGUACCAACCCACCUUUAACAGAGGAUUCCUUCUACUCUAUAAUCCAGAAGGUUGCUGAGUGACAGCUGACUGAGGGAGGCGCUUUAAAAGACAUGCUCGCAGUUUCACUCAGUGUACCGGAAUAAGCAACCACAUUAUGAGUGCAAACAGGAAGUAACCCAGUUACUAAGUAUUGUGAUUGUGAUUGAACAAGCUAUAUCUGGGAAAAGGUUUGCACUCUUUCAGCCCCAUAUCUGUUUACUGUAUUACAAAUACAUAGUAAUGUCUGUACAAAUAAUGUGGAAGAACGAAUUUACCUCAGAUGAGUGGUGUUAUGUCAUUACUUUGAUGAACAUGUUGAUAAAAGUGGUACAGCUUGUGUGCAUUCAGAUAGUGCAACUGUCUGUACAUUUAUGAGAACAGUAAACAGUGUGUGUAUUCACAUUUAAGUAUUUGUUGUGAGUACCUGUGGAGUUUAAUGCAUUUUAAAAUGGACCAAUUCGUCAUGCAGCCUUCAUCUGAGCUCUUCAGUACUAAAGCAUCUGUGUCUAUCAGUUUAUUAUAGUCUAACAGUUAAACCAA